AUGUUCGAAAGUGAUUUAAAUGUGAAUGAUAUUCUUCGUUCGGAUUUGAUGCCGACUUUCUUUAUGGUAGGCAGUGAAAAUCAAAGUGUUGAUAGUUUGAAUGCUACUAUAGGUAAAAGUGUUGACCAAUCAAUUAAUGGUUCUAUUGAUGCUGCGUUGUCUACUCUGGGCUUCCAUAGAAAAAUGAUGAACGAGUACCACUGCCGGAAUUACAUAGCUGACCAAAUUCUGGAGGAGAUGGGGAAAAGUGUUUUGCAAAAUAGGAUAGGGAAGCCUUUCAGUGAGGUGAAAGACAACGUGCUAUCCCGGAGACAAGACAUUAGGAGUAACGUUAUGUUUGAUGUUGGGUCCGCUAACUAUCAAGAAUGGUUGGCCAAGGUGGCCGCUCUCAACGAUGUUCAUAAUGUAGCCAAUAUGGCGACUAAUGCUGGCAUAAACAACACAACACUUCCAGGUGAUCCGUCGGCACCGCAAACGCCGACAUUACAAACUAGAGAAGGAUAUGAAGUGUACGAGAGUGGCAAGGAGUUCACAGGUUACACAGCUCCCGAUGUAGCGGCACAAGAUAUCGCUAAGUAUAGUAAGGGUGGUGGGUAUGAGUAUUCGAUGCCACCGCCACCACCGCCUCUGUACCACCAUCCAGCGGCCGUCCCACAAACACACGUGGUAGAAGAGUACACUGUUGAAAGGGACAGCCAUAGUCUUGGGUUGGCCGACCUCUUCGACAUAUCGUUGACUGGAAUCGCCUUCCUUUCUUUUGGCAUGUUCAUUCUACAAGUCCUCAUGUGUAUCACUAUGAAUCCACAACAACCUCAAGUAAUGCAAAUGGUGGACAACAGCGGUGAUACGGUUAACGUUGACGAUGUGUUUCGCGUAAAGCGGGAUGCACAAGAGCGGUCGAUUCCUGCUGUGAACAUGAUGGCGCGGUAUGCGUUGUUGGCGCUGCGACCACGCUCCACUCCCUGUCUGUACCGAGCUUUAUGUGUUGGGAACAAACGAGCUCGGGAAAUACGCGAAGGAAACUGGUAUUGGUUGCCAGUAUGGCAGAUUAUUGUUUCUUGUUCUUCGUCUUCUACUUGUUCUUCUUCCUGUUCUUCUUCUUCUUCUUUUUCUUCUAUUUCGCAGAGCAACUGUCCCACUAGCGAUUCCUCAUCGGUAUCAAAUGAGUCUUCGAGAUUAGCUGACUCAACAUUAGAGCACGAUCGGCCUUGA